GCGAUCGUAAACAAAAUGAAUUCACCACAGCUCGUUAGCACAGCGGCGCAAGCUCACCACAGCAGCAGCAGCAACAGCAACAACAGCAACAACAACAACAACAGCAACAGCAAUAAUAAUUCCACACAGGCAGCAAAUAAAUUUGCGCCUGCACGUAGGCUAGCAGCGAGGCAAACUCUGCGUCUGGCGAUACCGAAGCAACAGGGUGACUCGGUUUCUCUGCCACAUGCGCAGACCAGCAACAUUUAUCGCCAGUCCCCUUCUCAACUGCCUCCCGCUCCCCUCUUGAAGCGACACACUUCAGUGUCAGGCACUAACAACUGUAAUUCGAGUGGCGGAAACAGUUUUAUACCCAAGUCUGCGUCGCCUUUGGAGUCGCAUAAGUUGCCCAAUGUGACGCCCACAAGUGGCACGCCUCUCUUCUACAAUGGAUCGACGAGCAAUGGCGGUCAGAGCAGCGCCUGCUCCUCGGCCUCAUCUAGUUUUCUAGGUGUGCGCAAACCGAGUCUCACACUCAACUCCUCGGACAUUCGCAACAACAACGAUCUGUUUGCCUUUGCCAAGGACAUGUCUCCUGCUUUGGAGCUGGCAGAUCACUCGCAUUCGCCGCUGUUCACGGACAUCAGCACUGCCAUUUCGCCAGCGAAUAGCAACGGUUCUCCUACUCAUCAUCAUCAGCUGGGCAGACUCUUCAGCCUCAGUCCCAACAGCAUGAGAAGCUACGGAAAUAUGACAGACUUUUCGGAUAGUUCACAGAGCGGCGGCAUGUUGAGUCCGGCCACAACGCUCAUUGAGAGUUUCAACAAGAAGAGCGGACAAUCGGCAGCCGGUUCGCCUCUUCAGCUCAGCGCCACGCCCACAUUGAAUGGCUCCACAAAUGGAGUUGGAGGAGCGCUGAAUGCUGGGAACAAUUCAGCAACAGUUGUCGCAUCGAGUUUGGGCGGACGACAGAUAAAUACAAGUUCUAGUUCAUGCAGUAGUCUUAAGGAAACCUCACAUCAAUCCACAUCCACAUCGCAACAGGUUGUAAACAGCAGCAGCACAACGACGCGAGUUGAGAAGAAAUCACAGCGUCUACAUCACAUAACAUCCUCGUCAUCGACGACGUCUUCGGAAAUGAAGGCUGCCGCCGUCAAGCGCGAUCUCACAGAUAUUAAAAUGUCCAUGUCGGAAAUAGAGCGUCUCACAGCGGCACCGCCGCAGGCACGACACCAUCCAUCGAUUGACGACCUCAAGGGUCUCAAUAGCGAAGAUGCCAUAACGCAGCUGAAAAAGAAAAUGCGCGCUUCAUUCGAGAAUCUGGUGGAUCGUGAUGAUGAUAGCAGUUGCCAUGGCAUUGUCACGACGCCAGAUGGCGACGAUGAUUGCACACACAAACAUUUUGGCAGCGGCCUGGAUCUCACACAUCCGGCUGCCGCACAGCUGAGCGCCAGCAGCGGCCUCAGUGGCUCCAACAAAACCAUCGAUACCAUCAAAUUCGAGGAGAAACGUUCGAAAUCGGUGGCAACUACAAAAGUUGUGGCCGAUGGCUUCAGUUCCGAACAGGCAACGAGCAAUACGGCAGAGAUGAAGCGUCUGCAAGCCGGUGAUAUUGAUUACAAAGAGGCUAAGGCUGCGUCAGCGAUGCGAAAUCGCCUGGAAAUGGAUGGCGUCAAGACCGAAGAGAAGGCAGCCGUCAUGCAGGAAGCCCUCUCGCUGCGCACCGGCGACAUCACGCAACAGGCGACCAACAAAGUCGCCGCCGCCGGAAUCAAAGUGCAGAGCGACAACUUCUCCGCCGACAAGAAAGCCAUCUCGCAGUCACAGCAAUCGCAGACGAUGACCUCGAAUGGCAUCAUCAGUCAGGAGAAGCAUGUGUCAUCCGCCUCGCAAGCGAACUACACGAUGACACACAAAGGUGUCUCCAGCACCGGCAGCAGCAUGAUCUCUUCCUCCUCGCAAAUGUCUGCCACCAACGGUCAAAUGGUCAAGCUCAAGGAUCUCAAGCUCGACGAUCUAAAAUCCCUGACCGCAGGCAGCGGUCAACAGGAAAUCGAACAGGCCAUCACAAAGUAUUCGAAUGUGCUGACCACAUUUGUGAGCACACUGCAACAGGACGAUGACAACAGCGUAUCGAGUCACGGCGACAAAAAGUCCGUCUAUCUGCAGAUGAUCAUCGAGGUGAUGCUACAAGCCUGGGCUGUGCCCACACAUGGUCACGAGCUGGGCUACUCGCUGUGCAAUGCACUGCGUCAGAGUGGCGGACUCGAUCUGCUCAUGAAGAACUGUGUGCAACACAACAGAGAAUUGCAGUUCAACACCGCCCAGCUGCUGGAGCAGUGUCUGACCACCGAGAAUCGAUCGCAUGUGGUCGACAACGGACUCGAUAAGGUCGUGAAUGUGGCCUGCGUCUGUACGAAGGAGUCGAACAUGGAGCAUUCACGUGUCGGUACAGGCAUUCUGGAGCAUCUCUUCAAGCAUUCCGAGGGCACCUGCUCCGAUGUCAUACGCCUCGGCGGCCUCGAUGCGUUGCUCUUCAAGUGCCGCACUAGCGAUGUGGAAACGUUGCGUCACUGUGCCAGCGCCUUGGUCAAUCUAUCGCUGUACGGUGGCGCUGAGAAUCAGGAGGAAAUGAUUGUACGAAAGGUGCCCAUGUGGUUGUUCCCCUUGGCGUUCCACAACGACGACAACAUCAAGUACUACGCUUGCUUGGCCAUCGCUGUGCUUGUGGCCAAUAAGGAGAUCGAAGCCGAGGUGCUCAAGUCCGGUUGCCUGGAUCUCGUGGAACCCUUUGUGACCACCCACGAUCCCUACGAGUUUGCCAAAUCGAACCUGGCGCAUGCACACGGUCAGAGCAAACAUUGGCUGGGACGUCUUGUUCCUGUGUUGAGCUCCAAUCGCGAGGAAGCACGCAAUUUGGCCGCGUUCCACUUCUGCAUGGAGGCGGGCAUCAAACGCAAGCAGGGAAACACCGAUAUCUUUCACGAGAUUGGCGCCAUCGAAGCACUCAAAACGGUGGCCAGCUGCCCCAAUGCGAUUGCCUCAAAGUUUGCGGCGCAGGCUCUGCGUCUGAUUGGCGAAACGGUGCCGCACAAGUUGUCGCAACAGGUGCCGCUGUGGUCCGUGGAGGAUGUGCAGGAAUGGGUUAAACAGAUUGGCUUCGACAAGUAUUUGUCGCUGUUCAAGGAAUCCCAGGUGGAUGGCGAUCUGUUGCUCAAGCUCAAUCAGGAGAAUCUGCGCGAUGAUAUUGGCAUUUCGAAUGGCAUUCUCCUCAAGCGCUUCGAACGUGAACUGCAAAAUCUCAAGCGUAUGGCCGACUAUUCGUCGAAGGACACAGCGAAAAUGCAUCAUUUUCUCGCCGAGAUUGGCGCCGAUUAUUGCACCUACACAUAUGCCAUGCUCAAUGCGGGCAUUGACAAGUGCACGCUCCCUCAUGUCAACGAGGAUAUGCUGAUGACAGAGUGCGGCAUCAAGAAUGCGAUACAUCGUUUGCGCAUUCUCAAUUCGGUGAAAAACUUGGAGAACUCGUUACCCAGCUCGUCGGAGGAGAACAUGGCCAAGACGCUGGAUGUGUUUGUCAGCUAUCGUCGCUCCAAUGGCUCCCAGCUGGCCAGUUUGCUUAAGGUUCAUCUGCAACUGCGCGGCUUCUCGGUGUUCAUCGAUGUGGAGCGCUUGGAGGCGGGCAAAUUUGAUAAUGGCCUACUGAACAGUAUUCGUCAGGCAAAGAACUUUGUCUUAGUAUUAACCCCUGAUGCGCUGCAUCGCUGCAUCAACGAUGACGAGUGCAAGGAUUGGGUGCAUCGCGAAAUUGUGGCUGCCCUCAACUCCAGUUGCAACAUCAUCCCAAUUAUGGAUCAUAAAUUCAGUUGGCCAGAGAAUCUACCCGAGGACAUGUGCAGCGUGGCGAACUUCAAUGGCGUCAAUUGGAUACAUGAUUACCAGGAUGCGUGCAUCGACAAGCUCGAAAGAUUUUUGCGCGGCGAAAAGAAUAUCGAUCGCAUUACGGCGAUGGGGCCUGGUACGCCCGGAGUGGCAUCGUUCCAAAGAACGCACAGCAACGAUCCAGACUAUCAAACGAAUGGAGGAGGAGGCGGCGGCGGAGGCGGAAGCAGUGGUGGAGGCGGCGGCAACGGCAGUGUGGUGGAUGCAUUAAUGGCAGCAAAUGGCAGCGGACAAGCUAAUCACCAGGCAAAUAGAUACCGGCAAUCCCCUUCACCAGCGCGUCAGCGUGCAGCCGGUGGCAGCACCUCACUUCUGAGCUACGGCCGCGGCCCAGCGAAGCGUUCAAAUCACAUGCUGCCUCCGUAUCGCACCCAACAGGCAGCCAUGCUGCAUAAGUCCGGCGCCGGUUCGGCAUCGAUGCAGAACAUGACACCGCUGGCAUAUUUGCCACCACGACGCAGUUCCGCAGCGGGACUGGGACACAAUGGGGGCGUGGCGAACGGUUAUCGGUCGCACAGCGUGGACGGUCUGUUGGAUCAGGCGGCGGCAGCGGAAACUAGUCAGGAUAGCUUGAGCACCCCAGAGCAACGAAUUGCGGCUGCAGCGGCUGUGGUGGCCGCUGGGAGUACAGCGUUGACGAAUGCCAGCUCGACGAGCACACUGCAGCCGGAGGAUGAAGUGGAUGGGGAGGAGGAGCAGGAGCAGGAGCAGGAGAUGUGCAAUGUGAUGAGACGUGAGAAACAGAAUUUGGUGCCACCGCCGGCAAAUGUGCAGCAGCAUCGUAAAUCGCGUAGUUUGGAUCACAUACUCUCAAAGCAGACGCUCGCUGAGAUAUUGCCAGUCAAUGAGCCAACCGAUGAGACGCAAUCGAUGCAGAAUCUGGUGUUGCCAAUGACGCCACAGCCGCAGCGACGUGACACAAGCUCCUCAUCGAAAUCCCCCACACCGGAGCGUCCGAGUCGUCAGAGUCCCGAUGGCGUCAGUUCCACGGAGAGCGAGCGGGAGGAUGGGCAAUCGGUUCGUUCACAGCCGAGCGAAUCGUCGUCGUCGCAUAGUCAGCAUGGCAAUCAGCAGCGUGCGUCGGCGCAUGUGCAUCGCGGUGGCGGAUUGAACAGCACUAAGACGUCCACUUCGUCGCUGGGAUCGAACAAUAGUGCCAACAAUAAGACGAUCUUUAAUCGUACGAUGAAAAAAGUGCGCUCUCUGAUCAAAAACAACGAUCUGGAGGACGAGGAACUCUCGGAUAUAAUCCUCUCGAAGGCAACGUCCCCGAAUGCAGGACGAAUGAUAUUUUGGUAGAAAGCCAAUACGAUAUGAAUCGAAACUUGAACUUACCCGAAUUUUAUCGAAACGAACCUGUAAAUACAAAAAAGAAAACGAAUUAAAUACUCCACGAAUAACGAAAAAGCUA